CCAAGAAGCACUCAUGCGUUGGAUGUACGUGGCAGCGAUUUUGCUUUUGCAGCUUGUUCAUGCCCGCCUCGUCGUUGACUGGCCCCACAAGCGGUCGCUCGACGAGAAGAAGGCGAUGGCGAUCGCAUUUGUUGAAGACCAACUCCAGAAGCACGCAGUCCCGGGCUUUGCACUCUCGAUCGUCUACCAAAACGAGACUGUCCUCACCCGCGGCUUUGGUACCAAGCAAUACGGCAACGACUCGAAUGUUGUGACUGAAAACACGCAAUUUCAGAUUGGGUCGUUUACCAAGACGUUUAUUGCGCUGGGAAUUGCCAAGCUUGUCGACGAAGGCCGCUUGAGCUGGGACGACCCGGUCAAGCUCCGCCUUCCGUGGUUUGAGCUUGUCGACAAGUACGCGGAGAAGUACACGACGCUCGGCGACCUUGCGGCCAUGAACUCGGUGUUUGGUGCUUACGAAGGCGACGUUGCUUUAAACUUGGGCUUGUACACGGACGAGGAGACGCUUGUGCGGUCGCUGCGCCGCUUCCAGACGACCCGGCGUCUCCGUCCCGGCUACGCGUACGCCAACUUGAACUUUGUGAUCCUUGGCCAAGUCAUUGCGUACCAGACAAAUACCACAUGGGCCCAGUACCUCGAUACAACCUUCUUCCAGCCGCUUCAAAUGACCAAUACGUUUGCAUCGGUGCCCGACGUGCCACCGAAUGGCGACCUCUCGUUCGGCCACGUCAUCUGUAACGGCAAGGUGGCUGGACCGUAUCAUUUGCGGUCGUCGCCCGAGAUUGCACUGGGGUACAAGAACGGGCGCGACGCAUCGGGCUCGAUCAUCUCCACCGCGGCGGACCUCGCGAUCUUCUCCAAGUUCCUCCUCUCGAAGGGCGAUGGCAUCUUUCGCUCGCCCGCGACGAUCAGCACGAUGAUCACGGGCCACAACAUUGUUCCGAUGGCUGUCUCGACAGCCAACGUCUUGGGCUACGCGUACUCUUCCGACGGUGGCGCCAUGGCUGCUGGCUAUGGCUUUGACGUUACGAGCGCCUUAUAG